AUGCCUUGGAGCUUCUUACCACCUGCAUCGACCUCAUCGACGACCUCCUCAAUGCAUCCAUUCGGUAAACCACCCUCAGCCUCCAAUUCGGCUCAGCCCGCUCCGGCUAAUGGCAGUGCAGCUACCAGUCCGAAUGUACCCACCUCACAGCUCGGCUCAGCCUCGCGUAAUGGUACACCUGCAUCGACGCCUGGAGCUGGGAAUGGUCUGAGGCCUAGCUAUGAUUUUAUGACGGAAGCUGCACGAAGGGAGCGUGACCUUGACCGGGCCAGAGACAUGACUAUCAAACCAACUUACUCUACCUCAUAUUCAACUUCAAUGCCCAGACCAUCAGAUACACCAACAUCAUCCGCACACUCCCAUCUCCCUCAGCAUCAUCACCAUCACCACCAUCCUCAUCACCCAGGCAGCAAUCCGACCUCUGCCAGCUCAACCCCUAGGGACGAGAGACCGAGCCCCUUCGCGUCUACCUCGUCCUCUACAAUCGGUGCAGCAGGAGCACCCAGGAGACCUGAUCCGAUGAGCUCAGGAUUUGGCUCUGGUCUAGGUCGACUUGGUGCAGGUUAUGGGUUGUUCGGGGCUGGACCUUUCAUCAGAGAUCAGGAAUACAAGGAGAAGGAGAGACUGGCUCUCGCUAGAGAGAGGGAACGAGAGAAAGAGAGGGAGAGGGAACGAGAAAAAGAGAGGGAGAGGGAGAGGGAGAGAAGCGCAAAGCCCCAUUCUAUCGAGACUUCCCCUUCACAUCGAAAUCCAAAUCCAACAAAUUCAUACUCUCGCCCAUCCCUUCCUCCUUCACCGACAACCUCUCGUACGCUUCCUGCUCCCGCUUCAACUGGUAAACCAUCCAUCUCACCUCAAAUCCCUCCUGCAAGCGCGACUUCCGCUACCGGCUCUGCGUCUCGACCUAAUCUGCCUCUUCCAUCUUUCGGCUCUCUAGGCUCGAGAUCUCUUCCUUCACCUUUCGAAAGAGAUGCACGAGAGCGAUCGACCAGCACGACUGUAGCUGCUAGUCCCAACCCUACUCCUGCAAUUGAAUCCGCUUCUACGAUUACUGGUCAUCGACGAACACCCAGCGGGUCCAGCCAGAGAGGUAAUGAACCUCUUGUUUCGGGAUCCAAGAGCCCGGUCAAAACUUCCUCUCAACCAGCCACGACUGUCAGGUCACUAUUCGGACCCCCUCAAUUAUUCAACGAAGCUGCUAAAAGCAGGGAUGGACAACGAUCACCUGUCUCAAGGAUCCAAACGACUGUCACACCACGAGACAGAGAUUCCGCCAUUUCCCCUACAACCGCGACUGCUGCACCUCCAUCGAAAAAUGUUGCACCUGUCGCCUCUGCCACACCUGCCUCACAGUCGACGCGUGCACCUUUCGGGGGCUACUCCGGUCUUGGUGGUCCAGCAUACCACGGAUCGUUCGGUGGAUUCGGCCUAGGUGGGUUCGGAGGGUAUGGAGCAUUUGGACCCAGAUGGGCCGAUAGAGAACGAGAGCGGGAGAUGCUUGAGAAGAGGGAAGAGGAGAGAAAACGAUCGCAGAAGGAAGCUGCUGAAGCUAAAGCGAAAGCUGAGAGGGAGAAGGACGAUAGAUUCGCUGAUUGGGUUAAAGAGCGAGAGAGGGAACGCUACGGCCCUGCGCCUGGAACAGCUUAUGGUGUUGAAGCUUUCCAACCUCCCCGAUCGAAUGUCACCACGGCACCAUCAGCAACCCAAGCAAGUUCUGCACAACGUCCUGCAAAUGAACCUAGCUGGCGACAGACCCCCGCAACUUCAGCAUCGGCGGCAGCGGCAGCGGCAAAUCAGAAAGCGAAUCUCACCAGACAUAUCGAGGUGAUACAUCAGCCUGAGCCAAAGAACCCUGUUGGGCCAAUUACUGCAGCAUCGAGUGACGGAUCCUCAGUGAUGCAACAAGUGGCACCAUCUCGAGAACCUCGACCAUAUGGGUAUAAAGCUGAGCCACGCGAAUAUCAAUAUACACCUCGAGACAAACGACCUCGUAUGGACGCUGCUGUUGAAGAAGCUCAGAACGCCCAUAGGAGAUCGACGAACACCAAAGCUGCCAAAAGACGAAAGGAAGAGGACAAGAAGAUAGAGGUUAACAAUAAUCCACCAGUCAAGGAGAAAGAUUGGUCUGCCCUCACUAAUCCUAUUAGACGAUGGCCUGAGGUUGGAUCGAGCCAGGUGGAACAGUGGUUGAAGACUGUGCCAGAUCUCAAUCGAGUAGUGUCCACACAAGUGUAUGAGGGUGAUCAGUGGACAUUAGCCAAAUCUGGGGAAUGUACCACCUCCAACGAGGGUGGUUUGAUCAUCGUCAGGAUAGGUGGAGGGUUCUUGGGUGAAGAUUGGAAAGUAAGAGGAGAGAAUGGAUGGGACGAGUCGACACCUACCCCUUCACCUACAGAUUCGACCGAUCAUGUGAUUUGCGGGAACGUCAGUAGAGAGAGGAAGAUAUGGGGAACAGAUGUUUACACGGAUGAUUCUGAUUUAGGUUUGAUAUUGGUCCAUGCCGGCUGGUUAAGAUGGUCCAGAUCAAUCUCUUCGCCUGUCGAAUUACAGAAGAAAGGACGUAAUCCCCGGGAUCAAGAUGUGAUCAAUGUGACGGUCAGAUUGGUACCUCGUCUUAUCAGGUAUACGGCAACUGAGAGGAACGGCGUGAGAACGAGAAACUGGGGUAAUGGCCAUGAUGGGAGUAGUAUCGUUGUUGAAAGGGUCGAAAGGAUUGCUGUCGAUAAGAGAUAUUUGAAGACUCGACAACGAAAAUCGAGGAUAUCGGAGUGGGCAAGACAAAGACAGCUUGUCUCACUUCUUCCUUCACCCAACACCGAUGCAGGUGAUGAGGAUGGGGACGUGCAAGAUCCUACUUCGAUUACGGACGAGGAUGUCUAUGAAUCUAUCAUGUUCUGCACACGCCUUGUACCUGACAAGAAAGUCGACACUGAAUCUGUUGGAUUCGUAUAUACCCCUGAGGCAAUGAAGGAUUGGUUAAUAUCGCCUCUGGAGACUUUAGGAAGGAGUUUGUGGAACUGUGAUCUGGUAUUCACGACUGAUGAAGACGCUGAACAGUAUCAAAUGAGUUUAUCAGAAUCUUCAUCGAUCGAUAAUCCAUUAUUCGACCUCCUCCUCCUUAAACCCUCUCCUGAUGGUGAAACACCUUCGUCUCGUGAGGAAAUAGCGAUUGAGAGAUCAUUCGAUGAUAUACAUUUGUUGAAACAGGGUAUAGCGGUCAGGACGCAGGGUAACAAAGGUUUAUUGAUCAAACCUAAAAUAUGGAGAUGGUCGAAUUUCUCGUUACUCGACAAAGAGAAAAGGAAAGAUUGGAGGGAGGAGUUUGAAAAAGGGCUGACUGAUGAGGAUGAGAGAUUGGGUGAGACUGAGGUUGAGAGAAGAGGAGAGUUGAAGGUCGAAGAAGCAGAAGGAUAG